AUGAAUCCCGAACCUGGAUUUUCAUUCGAAUCGAAUUUUAUGAAACCCGCCGAGUUCGAACAUCAAGAAGAAGGGGAACCACCCGUGAGUUUAGGUACUUGCCAAAUUAUCCUUUUAGAUCGACGAUAUGACUUCGUACGAGUCAACGGAUGGUGAAGAUUGCAGUGAGUUUUGCAGAAAGAAGGUAAAUUUUGUUCUUUGCCUAAAUAAAAACUUUUAGCGUCUGAAAUUUCUGCAGUCAAGUUCGACAACACGUAUGGACGAAAUUGACAAAUCAUUGGCCAAUGAGUACGAAACGGAUUUCGAGGUGGUUGUCCAUUAUUUUCAUGGAAAGAAGCCACAGGAUGAAGUGGAAUAUUUCUCCGUCGAAUAUCUACGAUGUCGUUGUAAGGUUUUGUGUGUAAUUUUCGAAUUUACUUGUUUUAGAUCAGGCUCACUCUGUCGCAGCACCUCCGCGAAGGCUAGGAAUUAUACUUCGAAAUGCAAAGAAAUUGCGUGAACCUGUGAGGUCUGGAAUUUGUUACGUGAAUAACAUCCCAUGGAGAUUGACUUUGAUUCCGCGUUCUACUGGAUGCAAGGACAAGAACGAGCCUGUUAUGGGAAUCUUUGUCCAAUGUUGCGUGGACUCGUAUUCUGAGUGGGUGACGGUGAUAUAAUAAUUUAUUUUAGCCUUUGGAAAUGCAAUGCUCAAGCCGAGAUUAUAUUAAAGGGAAAUACAGAUUUUAAACGGAGGACCAGUCAUUACUACACCCCAAAGGAAAGUGAUUGGGGAUAUUCGAGCUUUAUCACCUUGAAAGUGAGCACAAUCUUAUGUAGUUUAAAGCUAGUUAAUAGAUUGUUUCAAAGGCUUCCCGCCACUUCAAAAAAUUCCAGAACUUGAUUGAAGGUAUACAAAACAAAAGUUCUCCUUUUACAUAGAAAGUUGGCAUAAAAUGCAAGUUUAAGCGGCUUGUUGGAAUUGUUUACUGUUAUGGCAAGAGGAACUCGAUAUAUUCAGGGUUGACCUCGUAGUGAUACUCAUGCACAUUAAUGUCAAAAAACGUUAUUUCUUAGUGCUUCCAAUAGCUGCGACUAUAGGGACAAUCUUUGCCAGAGCCAAAUUUUAGAUUUUGAGCAAUAAAAUUUUUUUGACCCGCCCUUGUGGCAAAUUGGUUACUGCGCCAUAGAGAUUACUUACAACCAUACCAUUUCUUGAAUAUUGAGAAGGUACAAAAGACUCUAGACGCAACGGUUUACUUUUUCUUCCUUCUAGUUGUUAAGGUACCACUUCGUUAUUACUUAAAGUGGCAUUGGUUGAAAUUUAACAAAAAAUUAUAUUUUAGGCAUGGCGUGAACCCUUUAAAUCAACCUUAUAUUAUUUACAGGAACUUUUCAAUGACAAAGAAGGUUAUUUGAAGGCAGGGGCUGUUGGAGUCGAAGUAAUUUUGAAUAACGUUGAAGCCACUGGAAUUAUGUAAGAAUUUCGAUCUUAUCAUAAUAUUGGUUUAGGGGAUUGUCUCAAUUCAGAGAAAAAAUCAGCAAAUACCGGAAGAUCUCCGAAAUGCAAAGAGAUAAAGGAUUUACUGAUAAAGCGAUUGAAUGUAUUACGCAGGGGAUUGAACUCUGCGAGCGUUAUUCGGAUAUCCAAUCGUUGAGGGAGCUUCUUCAGUACAAAAACGAUCUGAUAAACCAUAAAUUGGAGGAGUCAAUCAAACGAAUUGAGUCUGGAACUGUGAAAGCUACCAUUGAUGCUAGCUGUAUCGUGAAGGGUAAGGUCGUUCCCAUGUCACCAAUUUUUUUAUAGGUUCGGUUCCGAAUGAAGCAGGGAAACUGAUUAACAAGACUGCUAGGGCUUUGACAGAACGGAAGAAAAAAUCUGCCGUGGUCAAAACAAGUGUAAGUUAAAGAUCUGUUUGGAAAGUUGUUUAGAAUGUAAAGUCUUCACCACUGAAAUGCACGGAAUGUGUCCAGAAAGCUCCUGCUGUCAACAAGGUAAACCAGAAAUCUUCGAGUACGCCCCGAGAGGGUUCACGUCCAGAGGUUCCAUUAUGUAAACCUUCUACUUCCAAGUCGCCUUCACUCAAUUCUCUGGUUAAUGAAGUUUCUCAACGAAUGAGAGAUAAUCCCCCAGUGGACGCAGAUGCUGGUUGCGGAUCAGCGAUGGCGCAACCACGAAACAAUGAAAAGGAAAACUCCAAAAAUACGUCGUCGAUGUGUGUGGACUUAGAUAGGGGAGACCCUGUAGUUAUCAUAGAUCUAAUCCUCCAUCCUCCUGAACUAGGACAUGCAACGGAGCAUAUCAUGCUCAAACACGAAGUCUCCGAGAUUUUGUCAGUUGAAGAAAUCAUAGAGGAUGUUGUCGGUCGAUAUGUUGAGGUAUGUCUGAUGAAGGGAUCAGUUGAUAACGAAGGUAUUAAGUCGUUUCUAACUGGGAAAGUACUCCAAGUGCGAAGCUCAGAUUUCCUUUAAAAUUUUUACACACGUUUGGCAUAGACUAAAUAUCAAUUCCUGAAAGUUUUGGCUCGCGCUUUGCAGGCGCCGCCGGGAUAUUGAAUGAUCUUUGUCGCCGAGGGAGUACGCUAAACGUGGAGAACGGUCAGAAAGAAAAAACUUUUGUCCAUGAUCUAUAAAAAUCUCGGGUUUUUCUGCACAGUGCGAGAUAGGAGUAUCGCAUAUAUUUCAGAAAAAAUUAUUCUAAAUUUGUACCAAGUUUCAUCAAAAUGUGAGCGUCGCACUUGAGGUACUUACCCUGUAAUUUUAUUUCUUAGAAACGAAGUGAGAUAUUUUAUUAACUUUUUAAAAAACUUUUCCAUUUUUGGAGUUUACGACCAAGAUCCGAGUUAAAAAAUAAUCGACUUCAACUUUUGAAAAAUGGGAAAAAGUUUUUAUUCAACCGAAUAUUUAUAACAGGAAUGGCAAGAUGAUCCUAACAUGAAGCGAUUUAUCCCAGAAUUGAAGAGAGUUGCAUAUGGGGACGAAUUCGCUAAACUAAUGUCGAAUAUCUUGGACAAUAUCAAUAGAAAACACUUGGAGAGAUUGAGUAAAGAUGAGUAUGAUACAGAUCAAGACAUCUUAAUGUUGUACCAACAAAGCACCAUUGCCAAGUCUUCCGAAGAAAAGAAGCAUGUCCGUGAGGAGAUUUUGAAGUGUCUUUCCAAGAAAAAGAAGGUAAGUGUAGACCGUCUGACCUUAAAGUUAUAUUUUUAUGUUAGCUGAGGGAAAUUGCAACAAAUUUUUUUCAACCGGAAAAGAAGGAAUCAAGCGCCCUUGCAAUUCCUGCCGAUAUUUACUGUGAUAAAUGCCGAGAGAAAGUUAAGGUUUGUUUUGUUCUAUCUUAUACUGAAUGUCGUUUCAGGAUAUUUUCAAAGAUUACGGCAAAAGAUUUCAUCGAAAGCUGAUACAAUUUUUAAAAUUCGUUCGGAACUACUACUACUCAACUGAAUUUACAACGGCUUACUCGUCCAUCCUCCGUGGUGUAAAAGAUAGUGUUUGCAAAAAAGGAAUGGAUGCGGAUUGUAGGUUCUCAUUUAAAAUUUUAUUUUUCUUUAGGUAAAAUUGAGGAAUUCCCAAUAAAAGUUGAAGCUGCUUUGCAGUAUUUUGAGAGAUGGGAUCCACUCUCGGGCAAUCCUCUCGAGCUUCUGAUCCAUUUCCAUUAUAUCUUGGACGUCGUCUUUCUGCCUAUCGAUUCGUUUCUUCCCCAAUUCAACAGAAUGACCAAAGAUUUAAAAGCUCAGAACCAAACUCUUAUUAAGGAGUUUGAAAAAGAGAAACUGAUGACCGAAGAAAUUAAAGAUCGGCUUCAAAUUUUGAAAGAGGAACAUGGGAAAGUAGAAAGUUCUACUAGGCAUUUAAAGGAGGAGAACAAGAAGUACAAGAAGAAGGAAAAGAGUUUCAUUUCAGAGAUUGAGAAGUAUCGAAAAAGGUUGCAAUCUGCGUAAGUUGGGGCUUCAGCAAGAAUUUUGGGCACGGGUACCCAGUAGGCUGUUCACCAGGGUUCUGACGGGGGUAUAUAUCCAUGAAGCUGGGUAUUUUCGGGUGUUUAUGGGAAUUUUCAAAGUACCUUUCAAUUCAAAAAACGUAAAAAAUAGUGGAAUUUGGUCAUAAAAAUCAAUGACUGUUGAAAUUUCGUCUUAAUUUGUGUUUUUUUGCCGUUCAAAAUUUGGGAGUGGCCCACCCUAUAAUAUCACUUUUCUCCAAGAUUCUAUUUGACGAAAUGCCGCAUUGAUUAAAUCUCGGUCAAGAAAUAGCUUCAAGUAUGCUGGAUUGACGUGCUGUUUGUUACGCAAUUUUAUGGUUGAGGGAAAAUUGACUGUUGGUAAUAUGCAUAAUAAACAAAACCAUUUUAGGGAGGAUCAUUUGAAAGUUGCUCAUCACGAAUUGGACGAAACCAAGGGUAAACUCAGUCAUUUACAGAAGGAAUUGGCAGAAAAAUCAAAAUCAGAGCAAAGCCUGAAGGAUUCCAAGAAAAGGUUGCAAUCGGAAGUGAAGGAGAAUCAAUCAACCAUCAAACAGCUCAGGGAUCAGCUGGAAAAAUCUAAAGAAUGUUGUAAAAAACUUGAGCAGGUAUGUUAAAGAGGGUGAAUAUCUUCUGGUUACUAACGGAAAUCACUUCACAUUUGCAGAAGAAGGUUGCCAAUCCCGUGUGCAACAAACCAAGUGAAUCCAGUAGAAUAAAACAAUUGGAAAAAGAAUUAGAUGAAUACAAGUUGAAGGAGAAGAUAAACGAACUGGAGAAGGCCUUGGUGGUCGCUGAUCUCUCUCUGAAGUUGAUUCAGAAAAGAAAAAAGGAAGGGUAAGUAAGGCAUACCUUCGGUAAGUUUUAUUAUUCAGAUCUCUGUCAUAUGAAAACUCCCGAGAAUUGGACACCCAAGAACUUUGUUGGUCCAGUUAUGAAGAAGAAGUUGUUAGAUAUAUGGAAGAGAUGAAGGCCUCGCAUGAGAAUCCCGACCUUCCUCCGAGUAAUCUUCGAAUGCCGGUGGCUCCCAGUUUACUGAAAAUUCCUCCAGUGAUCGUCGUCCAAAAGGUGGUAGAAGUAAAGCCCGUCUAUCUAUCGAGGGAAGAUGUCGCUAAAUUUUCCCCUGGUUCCUCCAUAAAUUUUCCUUUUUAAUCAAGAUUGUUGUUGUAUAUUUUUGAAUAAAUUGUUUUGUCUUUUGUGUGGUGUUUUAAAACUUGUUCCGUUUUUUCUACUGUUGCCAAAGGUCUUUUCGUAUAUUGUGUAUCCCCUCAUAAGCUAAAUUGUCUCUAGUUUAGUCAAGAUCAAUGCGAGGGAGUACUUAGAAAACCUUAAAUGGAUUUACCCAGCUGAACGGAUUUAAUUCUCCAAAUGACUCGAGUGGGAGGGAAAGGGUGGAUGGAACUGAAGGGCUUAGGAACUUACAAGUGUUGUUUCUUAUCACCCUCCUCCGGCCACUCGAAUCUCAAACUGUGAUCCCAUUUGGAGUAGUCUUACGUAACUCCUCAACUACGUCGGAGGCCACUCCACGGGCGUGAAGUCUCCGUUUUGUAAGAUAUUUGUUUUCCUGCAUUACUCGCUAAAAUAUGUAUGUGCCUUACUGGAAUCGAUGGCUUCAAACUCAGUUUUGUCGUAUUAGACAUUUCGCAGGAGUUGCAGAGUGAUGAACAGUUUACGAUGUUUACAGACGUCGGUUGUUUAUCACAUAUGAGGGCAUUUUCCGAAUGAUUACAACUCUCUGUUCGCCGCCUUUGCCCUCCGGUCACCACCCGAUCCGGGUUUAAUGGGCCGGCAAUUUGGAUCGGGUUGGACUGCCCCCCCCCCCUCCCAGAUUUUAAUUAGUUUUGGACGGAAAUUGAAUUUUUUGUCUAUGGAUGACAUCUUUGCAUUGUGACACGUUUCACUUGUUGUUAUUCUAAUUAUUUUUGUCAGUAAUAUUCAUAUGCAAAUUGCAAUUUGUAACCAUGUGGGCUUUUAAUUAUGAUGCCGGCAACAACAGUUUUUUACUUUUAUAAAGAUAAUUUUUACUUAACACAUUUUACGUGAUCAGGAAAAACACGAUGGAUUCAGAUGGAUUUGUCCCAUAUAUUCUACCCACGGUGUAUUUGAGAAUUUAUUUUCACUCACAGUCAGCACCCACACAAAUAACAUUUAUAAAUGGGAGUGGUUUUUUACGCCUCAACAUUAUAACAAUUCAUAAAUAAUAAGACCCCAAUCAAAUGAAUAAGUCAUGCCCAGAAACACAAUCUGGUUCCAGGCCUUGUAAUUGGCCAAAAAAUUCACUUACAGCCACCAUUAGUUUGGUUCGUUUCACCUUUUGACGCAUAUUAUGAGCAAAUCAAUUAGCUCCGGGAUAAAGAUUAACACCAUGGUGUCGCUCUGUAAGGUCAUUUUCCCGUGAAAUUUUCAGUUUUUGGUGCGGAAAAAGGGUUGUACUGGAUAUUUUUGCCGGAUUUAUUAAUGCAAAUUACUUUUUGACAGGUUGAUUUCGCUCGGUUAUAUGUUUAUUUGCAUUUGAGACAGGUAAUAAGCAGGGGUAUUUUAAAUGUAUAAUUUAAGUAUCCAGUUUCCAUGACAGACUUGCGUAAAAUCUCAUAAAUAUUAAAUCGACGUUCUCCGGAGCGCACAGUGAUUAGCUUGACUUGAAGCGAUGACUCGGAUUGUGCUCUUCUGAAUUACUGUAUCGUAAUGUGCAGGCCCGAUUUUAAUUAUUAAUAGCCCUCCUUGAGUGGUUUUAAUUGGUUUUCCGUUUAAUUUCGAGGCGCAAUGCCCUCAGGCGGUGCUAAAUUUAAAUUGGAGCGGAAACCAAAAACUUUUCCUUUGUUUUGACAGCGAUGACGACGACCUUGGCCGGGAUAUGACCGCAUGGCCUCGGGGGAGCGAUGGGUCGGGCAUUAUCGCUCCUUUUUUACAUCGUACCUUGAGGUCGUAAAGAGCGAAUCCCCCGCUUCAUGGAACCCGAGAUGUCCUUUUACAUUGGCGGAAUGCCGAUGGGAAUGCCUCGGCAGGGAUCGGAAAUAUCCGCAUCGGUUACUGUAACGAUGAUGCCAGUUGUUUACGGUAAUUUGCGGUAAAUUCUCAAAUGUUUUCUCCUCGACUUUGCAGAUUAAGUGAUGGCGAUGAGAACACCCUGAUCCCCUCCCUCAUUUGUUGUGGCCAUGUUUUAACCGUCGUUAGUUCCCAAUCAAUCACUCCCUCCACCUGUUUUUCCUCUUCUUUCCCCGUACUCUCUCAGUCCCACCUUCUGUCGUGUUCGGAUGCUUCAGAUUCCAUUUCGUAAUGUGCAGCACCCACCUCUUUUGUCAUACUCCAUUACCGUACUCUCAAAUCAGCGUCAUGGCUAUUCCCGUUUAGGCCCCGCCCCUUUUUCGUAAAGUUUCUGGGUGGGGGCAGUUCCUUGUUUUUAAAUGCAAAUUCCUCAAUGAGUUGAGAUAAUGAUCGAAUAUUUGGUGAGGCAGUUAUAGUGUACUAACUAAGAGUAAUAAAAAAUUUGUUCUCUGGUUUUAUAACUUUACAAUUUGACAUUUUGUGUCUAUUUUGGAAGAUCUAGAAGAACAAUCUCUUAUCUGGUUGUCAUAACUCUUGUUGCACUCUGUAAGACACGUCAUUUGACAUGUAAUUCCGUUUAUCUCCGAUGAUCGCUUUCUCUAUUAUCCUUUAUAUUUGCAUUCCCGGCCCCGGAAGAGUUCGUAUUUCCAAGAUUGUAGCCUUUCUUUUCUAGUAAUUUUAAUUUCAGGCCUUGGCAAUAUGAAAUUGUUAAAAGUUGUUGUACUGUUAGUGGCACUGUUGGGCUUUGUCUUCUCCCCCGUCCACUCGCGACCCACCAAUUCGAUGACGAGGAUUCAGGUGAGUGUAAUUAUAGAUAACUCAGGGUUCUCCCCUCCUUUCGUUAUUUCCUUAAACCCUAGAAUUCUUUUGCAAAACAAAUUUCCGCAGUACAAAUAUUUUGAUAGUUAACUUUACUCAAGUCGUCCGCUUUUCCAUCGGAUCCAGUUUUGGAGAUAACGGCCCAAACGGCCACUAUCCCCUUGGCCUGACAUCAUUUGAGGUGCUUCGAAAUGCAGUGAAAACGAAAAUUUCAAAGUUUCUGGUUCUGAAACGCUUUCCAUGGACUGAGCGCUACUUUUUUCAAGCAAUUUGCAUAUCCGCCACCCAGAUUUAGAUUUUUUGAGGACGAAAGACCGAAACGGGGGCUGUUACAAAACACAGAGAAUAGCUUAUUUUCUUGAAUUUUGUUAAUUUCUUACCUUAAAUGUUAAUAAAACAGAAUAAUAUCAUUAUUGCAGGAAGUGUUCAGAACUUUAAUGGGAUCGAAGCCAAUGGUGGCACAUCGAGGCAAGAAGAACGAGAUCAGGAACCCGGACACCCCUCCCGAGGAAUACGAGAACAAUCUGAGAUUACUCUGGCUCCUCAACCAACAAAGUUUAUUGGCGCCCGAGGCUGA